UCUGUUCAUCACAUGACUAAGAUAAACAAGGAUAGAGAAUGGAGCUUCUGUCUGGGUUUUCGGUGUUCGUAUCUGCUGUAGUUUUGCUUGUUUUUAGUGUAAAAUCAAGCUGCUAUCAUCUAAAAGAUGGCGCAUUUUAUAAAUUAGAUCCGACGUGGCCAAUUGACAUGGAAGCAUUCAAGGGACCAGUUUACAGCGCUGCUAUUGACGAUGAUAAUGGCGAGGUUUAUGUGUCACAGAGAGGUGACGGCAUCCCCCAUGUCCUUGUGUUUGACCUUGAGGUUGGCAGACUCCUGAGGUCGUUCACCUACAACGAUAGCAGUAUGCUGCAGGACUUGCAUGGAAUGAGAUACCAGUUCAACGAAACCAACCAGCAGGGCUAUAUCUGGGUGACGGACGUAGGCGAUGGGGUCCAUGGACACACUGUCAAACGGUUACUACCAAAUGGAACGGUUGAUCUGACAAUGGGCGUGGCAGGCAAGUCUGGUACCUCCCUACAUCCUCUCAUGUUCGGAGAUGUUGCUGAUAUAGCCAUCAACGCUGAGGGCGUGCUUUACAUUGCAGAUGGCGAUGGAGGGGUCAACAAUAGAGUGGUGAAAGUAGAGCUGAGGAACUCUGGCACCUUGGCGAUGUGGAGUAUAGGAGGCAACGGAAGCUCUCCGGGCCAGUUCCACAUCCCGCACAGUGUGGAGCUGGACGAGGGCGGUAGACUCUGGGUUGCCGAUCGGAUGAACGGGAGGUUGGAGGCCUUCGAUGCCAAGACGGGAGAACUUCUCGGGAUUUGGAGUUCGUGCUUCAAGGAUGGAGAGCCAUAUUCUGUCAGACUUAGCAAAGACAAAGGUCACUUCAUUGUGACCCAGCUAAACUCGGACCAGAUCGUGCUGGUAAAGGCGGCUCCGGGAUCGGGUCCAAUAGGGGACUGUCAUCGGCUGGACACCAUAACCCUUGGUAAGGACACCAAGCCGCACCUCGUUGCUGUCAGCAAAUCAACAGGGGCAUUCUUUGUCGGGGAACUUGGCACCCAAGCUUGCCAAAAGUUUGUGCCAAUUUCAUAAAACGUCCACAGAUGAUUGAGGGACCAUUACACUUGCAGUGAUUAAGUUUGCUUUCCUCUUCCCCGGUAACCAACUGAUGCACCAAGAGGACCUCCAGGAAGAUUGUGCAUUUAUAACAUUCCUUUAAUGUUUGUUUACUCAUAUUUACACCGUUAUAUUUUUGAGAGUUGCCGAAUAGAUAAUAAAAUAAAUAAUAAAUAAAUAAUAAAUAAAUAAAAAGAUAUAUUGUAAACUUCAUGGUCUAUUGUGAAAAUAACAAGCUAAAUACAUUGCUGGUUAUUUCACCAUUUACACAUUGAACCAUGAUAACUUUACAGAAUACUUUUUUUAUAAAUAUUUUUCUGUUAUCUUUUGAAAAUUAGAUCAACAGAAUUUCAUUUCAGCAAAUGAUUAUUUUAAGCUUAUAGAUAUGUAUUCAAGUAAGAUUUGUUUUAAUAAAAUUUAAUUUUGAUUAUAUCUUAUAUGACGUGUCAUGCACAAUUUUUCACAUGUUAAUACUAGAUAUAUACCUCCUGCAUAUCAUGUGUUGUAGGUACAUUUUUUUUUAGCAUGAUUUCAAAGACUGUCACUACCGGUAAAUGAACUCACUGGCAAUUUCAACCCUAUUAUGGUUUAUAGAAAUCAUCUUCAGAUUAUGAAAUAUGCCAUCUUGAUAUUCUCACAUUUUAUAAGUUGAUACCAUCAAACUCUCCAUUAGGUUGAUUUUCUUGAUAUUCUUUGCAAUCAUGCUUGGAUAUUUUAAGAAAUUUGAUUCAAAGUAGUAUAUUUGUAUAUAAUAUUGUCAUAAAUGUUAUAUAUUAUUCAUGUACUGGUAAGUACUUUUGCUCAAAAGCCAGUUUGAAAUUCGAGCUUAUUUCUGUUUUGUAGUCAUUGGGAAUGAUUAAUUUGGAAAAUUAUUCUUAAAUAUAUGCCAACAUGUCUUCAGUGGCAAAGAAAUUGACACUCAGAACAAAAAUGUUUGAAGAAUAAAGUGUAUUAUGGACCAAUUUUACAGGGUUUUUUUAAUUCAAAGGAAUAUGGCUAGGAGAGCUCAUUUUGUGCAAUCAAUAAUUUUUUUACUUAAUUGAAAUAAAAAGAUAUUUUGACAUGAA